AAUAUCAAAUAAAAUUGCAUAACCUUAUUUAUCAUGUCAGACGAAUAAUUAACUAUUCUUUAUAUGAUCAAUCCAGACCCAAUAUUUUACGGUAAGAUGGAUCAACUUAUCAUUGAAACAUUUUAAAGAUUAAAAGUCAAUGUGAUCACCACAGAACUUGAAGAAUUAAGUUUUAUUGUAGGGAAUGUAAAUAUAAAUUAAUAUCUCUAUAUAGGAAAUCACAUUCUUUAGAAAAGGAGAAUAAAUACAAUUUGAUGCAUUUUUAGGAUAUGGAUAUAUGGCACCAAAACAUUAUCAAGAUUACAUGUAUUUCAAUUUUGCUGUUUAUUCAGCCGGGAAAAUAACCCUUCAUAAUCCUACAACAGAAGGAAUACUUUAAAAUAAAUUACUUCAAUAUGUUAAAUUUAGUUAGAAUCAAAUUCCAAUACCUAGAUGUGGAGCCUCUUUCUCUGUUAAUACUUUCAAAUAAAAUCUUAGAAGAUUUAAUAAUAAAACAAUCAUGAAAGAAGUUGUAGGUUAUGAAGGUACUGGAGUUAAACUUUCAGUAAGUCACAACUAAAGUACAGAACUUUUUUGUAAGUCAAUAUGGAAUGGAGAGUAAGCCAUUAUUUAAGAUUUCAUUGAUGAUACAGUUGGAAGAUCAAUUAGAGUUCUUGUGAUUGGUGGUAAAGCUGUUUCUGUCACGGAAUUUUAGGAUAAUGUGGUAAUAUUAUUAUUUUUAUUCUAGGAUUUCAAGUCUAAUGGAUAUAGUGAUGACUUUAAAAUUGAAUCAAUGAUGGAUUCAGAUUAAAAAAAUGAAUAUUUUAAAAUUGCAGAAAAGGCUUGUGCUGCUAUAGAUUCUCAUUUAACUAUAGGAGGUGUUGACAUUUUAGAUUCUAGAAAGAAUGGACUUGUUGUUCUAGAAAUCAAUAGUUGGCCUGAAAUUACAUUCUCAUAAGAUGUUACAGGUCUUCCACUCUUUGAUUAAUUUGCUCAAGAAUUUAUUGAAAAAAUUAUUACCAAGAAUAGGGAAAGAUCAAACUCAACUUGAUUUAAUAUAAUGUAGUUUUAUAUAUGUUUGCAAAC